CCUUCAAAGCAAUUCCUAGAUUAGUGUCUGAUUAAAUAACCAGGUACUAAGGCCGAGCCAAGUUGUCACAUAAAAAUGACCAUCACAAAGGCCCAGUAACACAGAUGGAAUGCAUUCUGGUCCUCCUUCCUAGUUGGGUGAUCGCGGGCAGGUCAUUUCAUCUCCGUCAUGGUCCCCCAUCUGUGAAAUGGAGCGUGGUGAGGAUAACAUGAGGUAAGAGGUGGGAGGGCACUUGAUAGAGUGCUUGUGCACUGACGACUCUCAAAACAUGUGAUGACAAAUAACAUCUGUUUGAUUUGUAAGAACACAACUGCAAAAAAAAAUCACUCUGAGUAGUUCUGAAAAGUAACCCAUUGUUUCACUUUCUUUUUUCCAGCAAACCUGAUGAGAUUGAAAUUUCUUUGACCUGGAAACUGAGCAGUGGCUUUUCAUGGAAGCUAUACUAUAUGGUUGAUUGACCCCUUUUCAGUUUUAUCAAAGAUUCCACAGCAAUGAAUUGGUGGAGGACCAAUUUCUGGAUCGUCUUAGCUGUGGCCAUCAUCAUUGUCUCUGUGGGCCUGGGUCUCAUCCUGUUCUGUGUUUGUAGAUGGCAGCUUAGACAAGGCAAGAAAUGGGAAAUUACCAAGUUCUUGAAACGAAACCAAAGAGAUGAAGAAAAGAUGUAUGAGAAUGUUAUUAAUCAAUCACCAGUUCAGUCACCCCCUCUGCCACCCAGGGGUUGGCUUUCUGCAGAAGACGCCUCCCCACAGGAAACCCCGAGCCAGCCACCAGCUGCGUACUCAUCAGUGAAUAAAGUUAGAAAUAAGAAGACUGUUUCCAUCCCGAGCUAUAUUGAGCCUGAAGGUGACUAUGAUGAUGUUGAAAUACCUAAAAAUAUUAUAAAUCAUCAUUUUGAAACAACUGUUUCUUCUUUCUGGAAACCCGAAGAAGGUUCACACGGUUUAUUUUAGAGCAAUCAAGAAUGGUUGGACUUCAACAGGUCUCUGGGUCCUGAGCGCCACUGGUAAUUUUAUGAAGCUCAAGAAGCACUUCCUGAAUCAUAGAUGAAGGCGCCUCAGUGAUCGGAUGACUGAAGCCAGAGGAAAGAAGAUGCCAGGUCUCAGCCCUGAGGAAUCAGGGCUCUGUGCGUCUGUCGAGGAAGUUUCCACGUGGGAGGACCUCAAUCCCAUAGCAGUCCCCACCUGUGAGGGACCACUCAUUUUUUUUUUUUUUUUGACGCGCCUUCCCCUUUUGUUCUCUUGCUUUGUAUAGUACUAAAUGACUGGAAUCUCUGUGUUUGAUUGUGCAUUGCCCCUGAGAAACCAUCUCCAGCAAACGAGCGUGUGAGUCUGCCCCUCCCACCUUUCCCACCCACCCAUCUCACGCAUCAAGGAGCCCAGGGUGGUAGCUACAGCUGAGUGCUCUUGUGGGCAAGUCACAACUUCACACCUUGGGAGUUCUUCAAGGGUGGGGAGUACUAGCUGUUCUUGUGAACACUUCCACCAACACACACCCCACUGUCUUUAUAUGAUGUUGGCCAAACUAACCCCAGAGAUUCAAAUUCUCCCCGAGGUUUUAUUCCGUGCUGGGCAGUGCAGGUUGUACCCAUAAAAAUCAACAAAGGACAGAAGUUACAUCCUGAUUUAUACAAAGAGGGGUGAUUUGCACAUAUGUGUGAAUUGAGGAGUUAUAGGAAACAUAGGUUUCCCCAGGAAAAAUUAUAGGAAUUGGAAAGAAAGAGGGCCAUUGAAGAUGGAAGUUCAGGGAGCAGAAGACUGCCCCUCCCCCAUGAGUUUUUUGUGAUUUCUCCCCUAUAGAAAGUUCUAUGCCAAUGGCCUCAGGCCCUUUCCUUCUAUAUCACUGUCCCCGAGUAACUGGGAGACAGAGACUCCAGUGGGAUGUGCUGCAGCUAAUGAGAUGCCAGGCAAUUGAGCUAAUGCCCUGUUAAGUAACUGCCCUGGUGAGGUCAUCAAGGCCUGAAUCAGCUUUGCAGUCUCCAAGAGCUCAUCAAUUCCUUUGAGAUGAUCUUCCAGAGGCCUAGGACUUGACUCAUUCUAACCAGACUCACAAUAAGCUGAUUUCUAAACAAUCCCUGGAAAACCCAGCCAAUGAGUAGGCUUGCAGGGAGGGCACAAUGAAAAGACCUGGGAGUGUCCUUGGACUGAGCCCUAAGGGAUGAGGAAGCAUGUUCUUGCCAUGUUCAAGCUUUCUCCCUCAACCAGUGCUGGACCAAUUGGACAUGAAAUUGCUCCCUGAUUCUCUCUUUUCAGACUCCAUGGAGAAUUCCAGCUUCCUGUUAAUAUCACCUUAUUUUAGACCAGGGGUUCUCUAACUGUGGAACUCUGGUAUUCUAUGAGCCAGAGAGAGGAUUCUUUUCCCAAAUUUUAAAACACAAAUAAACUAAAGUUAAACAUUUUU